AUGAUCUUAAGGCACACAAACUUAUUCCAAUUCUUGAUACUGCAAAGUCUCCUUCUCAGUCACUUAUUAUUAACUGCUCAAGCACAAGAGCAAGAAGACGAAGAAGAGUAUGUGCGAGUGUUGGUAGGAUUUCACGACGUGCAACAAGAGAAGGAAUACGUUCGUAGACAACGAAUGCAGCCACGUACUGCUGGACGUCCAAAAUCCAAGAUCAACUAUACAUUCAAACAGACAGAAGCCCUGGCCAUGCAAGUCACUCUUUCGGAACUGGAAGAAAUGAAGAAGGAUUCUCGCUUCAGCUACAUUGAAGACGAUGUCUUGGUUCCAGUUGCUGGGUUUUCCAACCCCACGAACGUUACUGCUCUUGUCGAAGAGACGCACCGCCAACUGGCCGAAGCUACAAACUAUGGUAUUGAAUUGACACAAGCCAAUCGGAUCAUCAGUCCAGAUCCUGAUUAUCAAGAGUGUGCAGUCUACGCCUGUGUGGUGGAUUCCGGAGUCUUUAUUGACAAUGCGGACAUACCCUAUUCCAGAGGAGAUGGUUAUGUAGAUGGUGCAACAUUUGGGGAUGCAGUGGGGCAAGACUGGUACUAUCCAAGAGGAACUAGUCAUGGAACAUAUGUCGGUGGAAUUAUGAUUGCACAAGGUGGAAAUGACAGGGGCGUAGUUGGAGUCAUUCCUCAGGGACCUCAACGGAGUAAUGUUUGUUUGCGUGUUGCCAAGGUGGUUCCCGAUGGGGAAGGAGUUGCAUUCGUUUCCUCGUUGCUAGAAGCUUCCGAAUGGUGUGCCCAAGAAGCUGGUGGAAAGCCACUAGUGAUCAAUCUAUCCUUUGCUCUUGGAUUUGAAACGGCACCAGAAGCGGCUAUUUACAAUAGACUCUACGAUCAAGGAGCCUUGAUUGUGGCCGCCGCUGGAAAUGCGGGCGGUACCGAACUGAUGUAUCCAGCAUCUCACGAUUCGGUGAUAUCAGUGGCAGCCAUAGAUGCGGGAUCUCGGCGCACUGACUUUUCACAAUACAAUGACAAAAUAGAACUAUCCGCUCCUGGGAUGGACAUUCAAGUCUUGCAGGCACAAACCAACGAAAUCAAGGUUACUCGCGGGACUUCCUUGGCCAGUCCCUUUGUGGCUGGACUUGCGGCCAGAGUAUGGGCUGCUGUUCCUCGUUGCAGCAAUAAGCAAGUUCGACAAGCACUGCGGGACACCGCACGUCGAUUGGGCAGUGGGGUGCCCAAUCGCGAAUACGGGUAUGGAUUGAUUCAGGCUCGGGAUGCUCGCGAUUUGUUGGUGAAUUCAGGCUGCAACGCAAAAGAACCUACCAGCUCUCCUAGUAUGACACCAUCUGCAUCUCCAUCAGCUGUACCGAGUCCAUUGCCUUCGCAAAAUCCAAGUGUUAGUUGUUUGGGUUAUCUGGAGUCCUGCAAUAGUCUGAAUGUGUGUUGUGAGGGGUUUCGCUGUGCAAGGAUGACGGAUAGUUUGGACGAUUCCUUGGUGUGCCGUCGGGAUACAUUCUCGCAAAGUCGCCCUCGAUUAGGUUCCACGGAUGAAAAAGUUUGUCGUGGGGGAUAUGGUGGUGGAUGCGCGUAG